GUGCUCGAGACAGAGAAUGGCGUGGUCGGAUUUCGCGUGCACCUCGUCGUGACGUGAAAGUCGGCACUAAAAGCGUCGGGCGCUAAGCUGAGGAAUGGAGGAAACGUGGCAGUGGGAGCAGCGAAAGCACUGCCAUAUCAUUCUGCUCAACCCUUUGUCGUACGUAAAGGAGAACCCGGAACAGGCUGCAGAUGAACGAAAGCGGCUACAAGGUAGUCUCUGCAAGGAAGAAGACACCCUGAAGAAGAGGAGUCGCGUGCCGGGUCUGUAGCGUUCGGUAAAGAGAGGAAGGGCCCCCCGAGUAUCAUCAGAUAGGAGAAGGGGUCGUCAUGGGCCCGGCACACCAAACCGUAGCCCACUGAGCGAUGCAAGUAGUUAGGGCCGGGGCCCUGCUAGUGAGCAUGUGGCUCACUAGAGAAUGAAGAAGCAAAACGUCCGGACCAUAACGUUGAUCAUCACCACGUUUACCUACCUCCUCGUCGGCGCUGCAAUCUUCGACUACCUCGAGUCCGAGACAGAGAAACGACGCAAAGUAGCAUUGGACGCCAUUGAAAAAAUGGUUAUACGCAAGUACAAUAUAAGCGAGAACGACUUCAAGAUCAUGGAAACAGUGGUGCUGAAGACGGAACCUCAUAAAGCUGGCAAACAGUGGAAAUUCGCCGGAGCGUUUUAUUACGCGAUCACGGUCCUCACCACUAUCGGUUACGGACAUUCCACGCCGAGCACCGUAGAGGGCAAGCUGUUCACGAUGUUCUACGGGGGCAUCGGUAUCCCGUUAGGACUCGUAAUGUUCCAGAGCAUAGGAGACCGUCUGAAUAAGCUCUCGUCCAUCGUAAUACAGAACAUAAAGAGGCGUCUAAACUGUAAGGAUGUCCAGGCCUCAGAAACAAAUCUUAUCUGCGCGGUGACGACCUUAUCUUGCUUAACAAUUGCUGGAGGUGCCGCGGCGUUCUCUCGGUACGAAGGGUGGUCAUACUUCGACUCCAUCUACUAUUGUUUCGUCACCCUGACAACCAUUGGCUUUGGCGACAUGGUCGCGUUACAAAAGGAUAACGCGCUGAACAACAAGCCCGAGUACGUGAUGUUCGCCCUGAUAUUCAUUUUAUUCGGCUUGGCCAUCGUCGCCGCCUCCCUCAAUUUAUUGGUGCUGAGAUUUGUCACAAUGAAUACCGAGGACGAAAAGCGAGACGAGGCUGAGGCUCUACAGGCUGCGCAAGGAGCAGUGCGCUUGGAGGGCGACGUAAUAGUGGUGAACGGCUCGAUACUGGCGGGCCUCGUAGGCAACCUCGGUGACACGGCUUCGCUGGAAGACCAGACGUCGGUCUGCAGCUGCAGCUGCACCGGCUUCCAGAAGAAACGACGGAGACCACGGUUCACGGUCCGUCGCUCGCCCGGUAAGAUCUCGCACCUGCUGCCGAUGCAGCAGCUGCCGACGUUGAAUAUGCGCAGUGAGCAACGUUCGCCGCCGUUGACACCGUUGCUGCAACGGCCACCGUUGCAACAACUCCAGCGACGGGAGUCCGUUUGAAGGCUCUUCUUCAUCCGCGAACGGGGAGAGGACAGACAGAGAGACAAGAAAGAUCGUAGGGGAUGGAAUGAGAGAGAUAACAGAUAGAGAGAGCGAAUGAGAGAGAGAGAGAGCUUUUGCUGGCGACCGCUUCAACGAAUUUAAUCCCAGAGAGAGAGA